CCUCCCUCCAUUUCCCUGAGGCUGCGUGCCAGUGGGCGGUGAGGCAGCACCUCUGGCUUGCCUCUUGCUGGCUCCCCCGUGAGGACGGGUGGGCUGUGAUCAGGGAGGCUGGCAGGACCACAGAUGGAGGCUUUUAUCCCCGCGGCCUUCCGCAGGGCACUGCUGGACUGCUCCUGAGCUCGGAUAGCAGGCAUGAAAGAAAGUGUCAGUAAAACCUGGGCCUGGCUCCCGAAGUGGGCCAAGGAGGCCCAUCCUGAAUUUCUGUUGCUUGGGCCCAUUUGACAGUAAGAAGCAGACAGCCAGGACCCUCACCACAGUAGAAUGGGAACCCCUUACCUAACCCCGGAGAACUCGGAGGAGGAGGCAGUGAGAUGAAAAGAGAGCGGAGAGUUGCAGGCCCUUGCUCUGGCUGUAUCUUUUCAGUUUCUUCAAGUGUCCCCUGUGCAGGUUAAGGAAUUCAGUUGGUGAGAGGACCUCUCCUUCCCUCCGCAGGCAUGUGGGUAUGUGGUUCUGGUCUCUUCCUAGAAAGCCUGCUGGUCUUGGUCCCCACCCACUAAUAGCCCCCUUCCUUUUUUCUUCUGUGACUUUCCGAAAGGACCAUGGGCUUCAGAGUUAGCCGAGUCUAUUUUUGAAUCCUAGCACCACCAUUUAAAUAGCUUAGGUAACUCGCAUAUUUUCUUUCUAAGCCUGACCUCUCACCAGCAAAACAGGUUAAUUCUUGGAGAGUUGAAAGGUUUUAGUGAGGGGCGCCUGGGUGGCUCAGUCGUUAGGCGUCUGCUUUGGCUCAGGUCAUGAUCCCGGGGUCCUGGGAUCGAGCCCCGCAUCAGGCUCCCUGCUCUGCAGGAAGCCUGCUUCUCCCUCUCCCACUCCCCCUGCUUGUGUUCCCUCUCUCUCUCUGUCAAAUAAAUAAAUAAAAUCUUAAAAAAAAAAAAAAGAAAGGUUUUAGUGAGAUAAUGUUUGAAACCUGUCUGGCUCAUAGUAGAUGCUUAAUACAAUGUCAGGUUUUCUCCUAUUUCCCCCCCCCACCCCCAAAGCAAAACCAAAGCCCUGGUUUCUGCAAGUUACCAGGCACAGGAAGUGUGGGGUUCUGACCAGCAACUUCUGUGAUUCUUGAUGACACGUUGAGCCUCACUGUUCCUUAUUCCUUGGCCCUCUACCCAACUCCCUCCAUACCCUACUCUUUGUUUUUGCAUAGCUUUUGUGGUCUGUAGUUCCAGUCUUCUCUUUCCCAGCCUAAAAAAUUCUUCUCCAAGAAGGACUUUCUUAUCCAGACUUCAGAGGAUGUGAAACAAAGGGAGAUGGAGCUGAAGGAGUAGGGUUGGGCAGGGGCCAUGGAAUAAAAACACUUAGAGAACUUCCCUUUCAGGAGUGUGGUGUGACCAACCUGGCAUAGACCAGUGUCUGUUCUAAGGGGCAAAAAAAGGGAGUGCGAUUUAGUGACGUCAGGGAUUGGAGGACACUGGUGGACAGGGGUUUGGCGGGUGGUGGUUUUAGGGAAAAGAGGAAGCCUUGAAACCGUAGGUGGGCUUUAUCUUGGGAAUUCAGGACAGGCACUGGGGGAACUCAGUGGGGAGAGCAUGGGGACAGAGGGUGAAAAGAGGGGUGUGGGCCGGCUCACCUGAGAAUAUGGGAAAUGAAAAGAUGUAGGAGGGCUUGCCUCACCCUCUCACGCGGUCUGGGGGCAGUCCCGCAGCCCAGACUGCGAAAGCCCCCACACGUCCCCUGAGGACGCCCUCGCACGCCGCCGAGGGGCCGCGAGGAGGGAGGAGCCUGGAGCCGUGGGCGGGGCCGAGAGGAUCCGCCCCCCACGCCCCUCCUCGCGCGGCCCCGGGCGCUCCCCUCGUCCGGCUCCCCUCCCUUCCGCGCUCGUGCCGGAGGGCGGAGCCGGGCUCGCUCCAUUGUGGACAGGAGGGAAGAGGCGCGCGGGAGCCGAGCCGAGGCCCCGCCGCCAGCGCGCUCGCCUCCUGGUCGCCGCGGCUGCACCUGGCGGGCCCCGCAGCCGGGAUGCGGCGGGCGCCCGGCUCUGGCGGGCAGCGCAGCGGCUCCGGGGACAUGUGCGCUGGCCCAGACCGCCCGCGACCAUGAGCCUGACCGCCCGCGUCUCCUGCUCCAUGCUCAGCUGCUUCGGUGAGGAGGGGCCCCCCAGCCUGGAGUACAUCCAAGCCAAGGAUCUGUUCCCCCCCAAGGAACUAGUGAAAGAGGAGGAGAACCUGCAGGUGCCCUUUACAGUGCUGCAGGGUGAGGGAGUGGAGUUCUUGGGCCGGGCAGCCGAUGCCCUCAUUGCCAUCUCCAACUACCGGCUGCAUAUCAAGUUCAAAGAUUCUGUCAUCAACGUCCCCCUCCGGAUGAUUGACAGUGUGGAGAGCCGUGAUAUGUUCCAGUUGCACAUUGCCUGCAAGGACUCCAAGGUGGUGAGGUGCCACUUCUCCACUUUCAAGCAGUGCCAAGAGUGGCUGUCACGGCUAAGCCGGGCCACCGCGAGACCUGCCAAGCCUGAAGACCUCUUUGCCUUCGCCUACCAUGCCUGGUGCCUGGGGCUGACAGAGGAGGACCAGCAUACCCACCUGUGUCAGCCAGGAGAGCACAUACGAUGUCGGCAGGAGGCUGAGCUCACGAGGAUGGGCUUUGAUCUGCAGAAUGUCUGGAGAGUCUCCCACAUCAACAGCAACUACAAAUUGUGCCCCAGUUACCCCCAGAAGCUGCUGGUUCCUGUGUGGAUCACAGACAAAGAGCUGGAGAAUGUGGCUUCCUUCCGCUCCUGGAAGCGGAUCCCCGUGGUUGUGUAUAGACACCUGCGCAACGGGGCUGCAAUCGCCCGCUGCAGCCAGCCGGAGAUCAGCUGGUGGGGCUGGCGCAAUGCCGAUGAUGAGUACCUGGUCACGUCCAUCGCCAAAGCCUGUGCCCUGGACCCGGGGACAAGGGCCACUGGGGGCUCCCUCAGCACUGGGAAUAGUGAUGCCAGCGAGGGAUGUGACACUGACUUCGAUUCCUCCUUGACUGCAUGCUCUGGAGUGGAGAGCACAGCGGCCCCCCAGAAGCUGCUGAUCCUGGACGCUCGAUCCUACACGGCGGCAGUGGCCAACCGGGCCAAGGGUGGAGGCUGUGAGUGCGAAGAAUACUACCCCAACUGUGAGGUUGUGUUCAUGGGAAUGGCCAACAUCCAUGCCAUCCGGAACAGCUUCCAGUACCUCCGGGCUGUGUGUAGCCAGAUGCCGGAUCCCAGCAACUGGUUGUCGGCCCUGGAGAGCACCAAAUGGCUGCAGCACUUGUCGGUGAUGCUCAAGGCAGCCGUGCUCGUGGCUAAUACCGUGGACCGGGAAGGCCGGCCCGUGUUGGUGCACUGCUCGGAUGGCUGGGACCGGACGCCACAGAUCGUAGCCCUGGCCAAGAUACUACUGGACCCAUAUUACAGGACGCUGGAGGGCUUCCAAGUUUUAGUAGAGUCUGACUGGCUAGAUUUUGGGCACAAGUUUGGAGAUCGCUGCGGCCACCAGGAGAAUGCAGAGGACCAAAAUGAGCAAUGCCCGGUGUUCCUCCAGUGGCUUGAUUCUGUUCAUCAGCUGCUCAAGCAGUUUCCCUGCCUGUUUGAGUUUAAUGAAGCAUUCCUGGUCAAGCUGGUGCAGCACACGUACUCCUGCCUCUAUGGCACGUUCCUGGCCAACAACCCCUGUGAGCGAGAGAAGCGCAACAUCUACAAGCGGACCUGCUCUGUGUGGGCUCUCCUGCGAGCUGGCAAUAAGAACUUCCAUAACUUCCUCUACACACCUGGCUCCGACAUGGUCCUGCAUCCUGUGUGUCACGUCCGGGCCCUGCACCUCUGGACAGCUGUUUAUUUGCCAGCAUCAUCUCCAUGUCCGCUCGGGGAGGAGACCAUGGACCUUUACCUUUCCCCGGUGGCUCAGAGCCAGGAGUUUUCGGGCCGCUCUCUGGACAGAUUACCUAAAACCAGAUCUAUGGAUGAUCUGCUUUCUGCCUGCGAUACAAGCAGCCCCCUGACUCGCACAUCCAGUGACCCGAACCUCAAUAACCACUGUCAGGAGGCCAGAGUAGGCCUGGAGCCCUGGCAUAGCAAUCCUGAGGAAUCCGAGACCUUCGUGGAAUCUGGGGCAGGAGGUCCUCAGCAGACUGCAGGAGAAAUGGGUCUUCCUUCCCCUCUGCCCAGCAGCCAGAAAGACUACUUGAGCAAUAAACCCUUCAAGAGUCACAGAAGCUGUUCUCCAAGUUACAAACUGCUUAGUACUGCAGUGCCUCAGGAGAUGAAGAGCAACAUCUCUGAUCCUGAGAUCAAAGUCCUGGAAGAGACUAAGGCACCAGCUCCAGACCCUCCUGCCCACAGUGAGCUGAGCAGGACUUUAGAUGGCACGGAGCAGCCACCUGAACCUUGUCCUGAAAAAGCAGCUGUCCAUGCACUCUCUGAAGUUGGUUCCAACAAGUGUCAUGGAGUUUGUGAUUUUCCUGAGUCUUCCCAGGACUCCUUGACAGGUGCCCCCCAACGGGCCCUGCUGGAUUCCAUGCUAGGUGUGCCCUCCAGAUGUGCUCCAGAUCACAGUCUGGGCACCCUUUGCAACCCACCGAGUGCUACCUGCCAGACUCCUCCAGAGCCAAGCACUGACUUCCUCAGCCAAGAUCCCCCGGGGUCUGUGGCAAGCAUCUCCCACCAGGAACAGCCCAGUUCUGUGCCAGAUCUGAUUCAUAAGGAGGAAUACGCUGGCAAAAGAGGGAAUAAUAGGAAUGGGCCGUUACUGGAAAAUCCUCGCUUUGGGAAAGUGCCACUGGAAUUGGCCCGAAAGCCAAUUUCUCAGAGCCAGAUCAGUGAAUUCUCUUUUUUAGGAUCCAACUGGGACAGCUUCCAAGGAAUGGUGACUUCAUUCCCAAGUGGGGAGACCACCCCUCGGCGGCUGCUUUCCUAUGGCUGUUGUAGCAAGAGGUCAAGCAACAAGCAGGUGCGGGCAACAGGGCCCUGCUUUGGGGGCCAGUGGGCUCAGAGAGAAGGGGUGAAGUCACCAGUCUGUUCUAGUCAUUCCAAUGGACACUGUACUGGUCCAGGAGGAAAAAAUAACCGGAUGUGGUUGUCCGGUCAUCCAAAGCAGGUCUCCAGCACAAAGCCUGUUCCACUGAGCUGCCCUUCUCCAGUGCCUCCGCUCUACCUGGAUGAUGAUGGACUCCCCUUUCCCACGGAUGUGAUCCAACAUAGAUUACGGCAAAUUGAAGCAGGGUACAAGCAAGAGGUGGAGCAGCUACGUCGACAAGUGCGUGAGCUUCAGAUGAGGCUGGACAUCCGUCACUGCUGUGCCCCUCCAGCAGAGCCCCCCAUGGACUAUGAGGAUGAUUUUACAUGUUUGAAGGAGUCAGAUGGCAGUGAUACAGAAGAUUUUGGCUCUGAUCACAGUGAGGACUGCCUUUCAGAAGCAAGCUGGGAACCUGUUGAUAAGAAAGAGACUGAGGUGACUCGCUGGGUUCCAGACCAUAUGGCAUCACAUUGCUAUAACUGUGACUGUGAAUUCUGGUUGGCCAAACGAAGACACCAUUGCAGAAAUUGUGGGAAUGUGUUUUGUGCUGGCUGCUGCCACCUGAAGUUGCCCAUUCCUGAUCAACAACUCUAUGACCCAGUUCUCGUCUGUAACUCAUGUUACGAACACAUCCAAGUAUCUCGUGCCAGGGAACUCAUGAGCCAACAUCUGAAGAAACCCAUUGCUACAGCUUCCAGCUGAAUGCCAGAGGAGAUGACCUGUCCAAUUUUAGCAGGUUUGAAGGGAGGAUCUGCUUCAGGUGUAGCUUUGAAGGUUCCUUGGUGUGGGUCAUGAAAUCACAGAGCUCAAAGAUACCAUCUUGAGAAAUCCUCCUUGGUACCAUGAGACUGGAGCAGAGGAAUUCCAAUUUGGCAGGAGGUCUUCUACUGGUGAGACCCUCACCUUGGGGUAAUGGUCCUGGAUCCAGACCCAGAGUCUGGAAGCUUAAUGUUGAGUUGGUGACUCCCGCUUUUCUCCUGGGGGUCACAAGAUGAUGAUUUCAUAGAUACUGCCUGAUGAUGUGCCCCAAACAGCAAUAGAGAGACAUAUGUAUAACCAAACUCCAAGUGAUAAACAGAUCCAUCUCUCCUCCACCUGGAAAAAAGCAGAUUCUAGUAUAUAAGAUAGGAAUUCUAUCCUAUUUGAAAUGAACUAUAACCUGUUCCUCUGUGCUCUGUGUCUGUGCAUGAAGGCUCAGUUUUAGAGGCACUCCCUCUAGUUGCAGUAGUUCUGUCUUUCUGUGGAGUUUGGUUUAAAGACUGGUUCAGCAAGUGGAGGUUUUGCUGUAUUUUUUCACUUGGCUCAUCAGCCAGCAUCAGUGAAUACUCAGUUUAGAGGGACAGUUCUAAGGAGUGAGACAUUUUUGGGAGCAGAGGAAAACUCUGCUGAUGUUCGGUUCUGGCAAAAGUCAGUUAUUUUGAGCUGUGAAGGCAGUAGUCUCUGUUACUCAGUGGCAGCUCUUAAGGUAUGCACUGUGAAGAAUGAGAAGGGAAAAGCAGAAAUGAUCCUUGUCAAAUAUUUGCUGAUUGUGCCCGCCCUUUGCGCCUGACUUUUCCUAGUUGUCCUGGUGCUAACACAGGAGUUACACCUUGAUCCUCUCCUGGCAUGAAAAUAAAACAAUGGUUUUCUUUUUGUUGUUGUUCCAUUGCCCACUUCCCUCAUGUUGUCUUUCCCUUGGCUGCUGCCUCCUCUGGGUCACACUGCUUCUUAUCCUGAACACUUGACACCUUGAGGGUAGAAUUUAGCAUUUGGUUUUUACCUCCUAGAAUAUGCUGUUUGGUAUGUGAGGGUUUCAGUACAAAUGCUGCUGUCUAUUUCUGUGCACUUAACAAUGGAACCCAAACAGAAGAGAAUAAAGCCUUGAUACCAAAAUUGGGAGAGAAAAUGUGUCCAUUUGGACCAAACAUUGGUUUUUUUCGUUGUUGUUUUGUUUUGUUUCAUCUUAAUAUGUACCAGUGGCACUUAACCAAAAGAUACAGUGACAUAGCCAUGUACUUUGGUUGGGACAGAUAUAGUCUCCUUGACCUGUAAUGAAACCACUAGUAUUUCCUUUAUACAUUUUCCUUAAUCCAUUGGUGUAUAAAAGGUAAAUUACACUUAGGCUUACUUACCCUGUUUUAAAACUAUGGUAGCUGUCUGUCUAACUGCUACUUUCAUGUUGCUUCCUAGAAAAAAAAAAAAUUCAUUUGAAAAUAACUAGGAUCUGCAUUUAGAACAAGAAUUGUUACUUGUCCUGACCUUUUCUUCAGUCCUACAGAGAAGCAUCUGUGCUUUUAUACUUGUCAUGGAUGUAACCUAAAAAGUUUUGGCGUAUUUAGGUCAGCCUAGCAGAACUUUUUUUUUUGUUUAAAUGGAGUUGAAUAAUGGAGAUUUGUGUCUGGGAAAUUCCUGAGAUCACUGAAAAAGUAACAAACUAUUCCUUGUCUCUGAUAUGUAAAAUUCUCCUAAGCAUUUUCUCAAUCAUUAAAAUUUACUGCCAGUUGCGAGUGGCUUUUUAAUUAAAUUGACUUUCAUUGCACUUCACUCUGCCCAUUUUCAGGGGGAGUAAGACUGGUAACAUUUGAGGAGACUCUAUCUGUCUACUUUUGUGUGGCUGUUUUGAGGGACUGUCCCAUCAGUGAACAUACUGCAUGGCCUUGGAGAGAGACUCUGGGCUCUCAGCUCAGAUGUAUUCAUCAAAUACUCCUUUCAGAGCUCUUGUGGGUGUAAGUGACAUGAUGUGGCCAAAAAUCCAAACUGUGCAGUUGCGUUGUGACAAACAUGCAAUGUGCUGUAAAAACUCAAUACAAUUUAAAUAAAAUCUCUAUAUUAGU